CGUGACCUAUCACGUCUUCGUUACUAUUGAUAGUGCUAUCGCGUCGGCCCGCUGCUCCGCUUCUUGCCACUCACUGUCAUCAACUGCAAGGUCGCUGCGAAGAGAUAGACCUCGCAUCUACUACUUCGAGAUAGUAGGCUUCCUUUAGCACCGAACAUGGCCUCUAUCGGCAUCGUCGCUGCGGGUGCGAUGGGCGCCGCUAUCGGGCGGCGACUCGUCAGGUCCGGUUGCACCGUUUUCACUGACCUCACCGGCCGCUCGCCCGCGUCCCACCAGCGCGCAAAGGAUGCUGGAAUGCAAGACAUACCUCUGGGCGAAUUCUCCAAGAAAUGUGCCUGGGUCCUCAGUAUCCUCCCACCUCGUGACGCGCUGUCAUUCGCGCAUCGUUUUCGGGCGACGCUCGAUAAGGACCUCGCUAACACCGACAAAAGUAAUGUUACUGGCGAUGAAAGCGACCUCGUCUUCGUCGACUGUAACGCCGUGAACCCGACGACCGUACAGAAAAUCCGAGACGUUUUCGCUGGCACUGGCGUGCGGUUUUUGGACGCAGGAAUAAUUGGGGGACCGCCAAAGGACAGUGGGUACAUGCCAACGAUAUAUGCAUCGGCGGCGCCAGGCGAUCUGGACACAUUGCAGAGGUUUGUUGCGUUGAAUGAGUAUGGGAUGAAGAUCGUGCUUUUGACGGGAGAGGGGGCGGAUGUGGGUGCGGCAAGUGCGUUGAAGAUGUCGUAUGCGGGUAUGACGAAGGGUGUGACUGGAAUAUUGACUGCAAUGGUCCUGGCCGCUCACCGGUCUUCGCCCGCCACAGCGGACGCGCUGCUGCACGAACUUAAUGGUUCUGCUCCUGCAUUGCUCUCACGCAUCACAUCAUCUGUACCGGGCAUGCUGCCCAAGGCCUACCGGUGGGUGGAUGAGAUGUAUGAGAUCAGCGACUUCGUUGGCGAGGGCGAAGGCGACAUACAUCGAGGAAUCGGGAAGCUUUACGAGAGGGUGCAGCGUUCGUUCGAGUCGGACAGCCAGGGCGGCGAGGUGGAGGCGCUAAAUGAGUUUAUAUCGAAGGCCAAGGAGCUAAUGAAGGACAAGUGAUGUGUGGCUUUCCACGCCAAAGUUGGAUGGAUCAUGGCGGGCGCCGCGCUGCCGCACUGCAUCAGGAUGGGCAUGAUUCUGUAGAUCCGAUCGUUCACAUAGUCACUCUAGUCUCUGUACCGUGUACAGACCAAAAUUGUAAGUACGGGGUGAAGGUGCAGUAUUUCCCUGG